ACCCACUGAAUGACCAGCACUGCGGUCUAACAUCGCUCUAUCAAAAAUAUUCCUCGUACUUAUUUAUUAUCAGGUAACUCAUUCGGUAAUUCAGCGGUUGAUGGGGGUAUACCGUUCUGCAGAAUAGGGUAUAGCAAUGGGCCGUAUUCCAGAGUUUCUCGAUCGUGCGAUCACAGCAAACCCAGAGCUUGGAUUGGUUGUUUGCCAGUUCAUAGAGGCGGUUUCCCAAUUCGACAAAACUGGCCAGAAGCUAGCUCGUCUCGUUAGAGAAAUCGACGGGGCGGAAUUGUCUUGCUUCAGAGGAAUAAAAAUUCGUCGUCCAAAGUUGCAACAAAGAGGUGAUCUCUCUCGUCCACACCACGAUCCACAUAUAGCAGAACCCGAUCACAUACCAGAUCCCCCAUGCAUCAACCCGGUUUUGCUAGAAAAGCAGGGCGAGCCACUAAGCGAAGGGCUCCGAAGUCACGGCUCGGAUGACAGGCUUGUGAGGUUAACUUCGGUUGAUCUAGGACGGAACUUGAACAACGACAGUCUACCAUCUACUGAUACUAUGCGUAACCUGGAGGACAAUGGUAACCCUGAUACUAGCUCGUCGAACGUGCGCGGGAUCGCAGCAAUAAGUUCCCUAACGUCGAUUGAAACAGCGGAUUAUUCAACUCCGGAGAUCAAGAAGGUCGCAACGCGAGCUAAUAUGCAACCAAGUGUCUACGACGUGAGCGGUGAAAUGGAUAAUAUAAUUCUACAGACUGGACGAGCCUCGCCGACUGGUUGUGAUGAAAACAUGCAAGCAAGUGUAGAAGAUGUGAACGAUGAAGGCGAAGAAAUCGUUCCACAGAAGAAACGAGUCCGGCCGACUGGUGAUGGUGAAAAUAUGCAAGCAAGUGUAGAAGAUGUGAGCUGUGAAGGCAAUGAUAUUUUUCCACAGAAGAAACGAGUCCGGCCGACUGGUGAUGGUGGCCGUUUACGACAGCCUGGACCUAGGAAAAAACCCCCUUUGAAGAAGAGCAGCGAAGCAAAGCAUGCACGGUCUACCGCUCAGAAGAUCUCCAAUCAGCAAGCUGAUGCUUCUCGUUCAGUGACAAGGUAUUCCGCUUAUGAUCAAAUGCGGUGUCUAUUUGGUUCCGGUAAGGCGGAGAAGGAAGAAUUAUCGGAGUCUUCUUUCAUCCGGGUAUUGGCACUGUACGCGAAAAGUUCACGGCCCGAUCUAGCAACCUUUCUAGAGAAUCUGAGCAAUCUUUGGCGGACAAAUCGCUUCUGGAGCCCUGACGCUCUCCAUCUUUCGAUGCCAGAAGAGCUGCCAUUGGGCAGUUCAUGUCUGAGGCUCUUCCGGUAUGAUUGGGAUCUCGGGAAAGAAACUGGAAUCAAUGUGAUCAGACGUCGGUUUGUACAAUUAAAACUACAUUUGUCUUUCGUACGCCUGUGCAACGAAAUGACAAACCCCAAAAGCCCUUGUUUUAAGACCCGCCUGAAUAGCCGCAGAAUUGCAAGUCAUGCCAUUGACUAUCUUAUGAAAUUGGACGGCAGUAACGGUUAUUCUGAUGAUCCGUUAGCACCUAAGGAUCGUGGUCGCUUCGCCAAGACUAAUGCUAAGGGGAGGAGGUGGUAUCUGAUCUCUCACUAUAUCGGGUGGGGUUCACUAAUCAUCUUCAACAACAUUGAUACAACUCUCGCCAAAGUCGAUCUCAUUGAACUGGAGGCUUUUAUUACAUACGUCUUAAAUACUCAGCCUAGGGUGGUAGCACUAUGUCACAAAUACGAGCAGCCUGUCAAAGAUCUCUUGAACGGCAGAAAGCCCGCUCUCACUUUGACAGAGCAAGUCACAAGUAAUAUUGGUGGUUUACCCCAUGCAAUUGACCACAAUGAAGGUGCAAAAACUCACUGGCAACGAAUCAAUACGAAGAUCGAUACGGAUGUUUCCGAAGUUCUUUCACAUGACUGAGGAUAGUAUUUCAAUCUGGCGCAUACAUUAGAUAGCUAAGGGAGUGCAUUCAUGAUUGGCUCAAUGUUGCUACAUUAAGACUAGAUUUACACUUAAUAAUACGAUAUAGGAGCUGCAAAUUCUGUUGAAUGCUUACGAUCUCGGUUGGAACAUGCGAGGCAAGGGCUUCUGGCUGUGUGCCAGUGAUGAACCGAAAAUGGGCUAGAGCGUUUACAGCAAUUGAUUAGGUACCGAAGCGUGAAAAAGAACGAAUAUAGUUAUCACAAG